CUGAUUGCGCUACGUGGAAAGUAUAGAUUAAAGAUAUUUGGGGGAAAGAGAGAGAGAGAUGCGAUGAUGAAGUUGCCUUCCACCGAACUACACCUUUAUUCUUCCAAUAUAUUAUGCUUUGUCCCCACCGAUGCCUCUCCUUUACAUUCUUCCUUUCACCUGUCAUGACACAACAUUCAUGGCAAUACCACCACGGCUGCUGAAGCUCUGUUGACGAUAUCCAUGGCCAGCUUCCGAACAUUCUUCCACUCCGUUGCUUUCCUCCUCCUCCACCUCGGCUGCUUCCUCCUCUCCUCCGCCGCUCACCCACAGCUCCCUUCCAAGAAACGCAAGGCUUCUCAUCUUUCUCUCCACUCUCCUCCCUCUCUCCGCCAAAAAACCACCAAAGCCCUCUCCUCCUCUUGGUCGUUCUUCAAGCGGAUCUUCGCCACCAAACCCAGCUGCCAAUCCGAUCCGUACCCGGUUCCCUCCUCGCCGGCCCCCUCCUCCCUGCACUCAUCCGUCGUGUUCCAAUCCGAGCCCCUCGAUUCGGAUCCUCCGCGUAAGAGGCCGACAGGGUCACGCCCAGAAUCCGACAUAUCAUCCGACCAGCAAUUCUUCCCUCUCCGGAACGAUAUUUAUCCAUGCCCGGCGUGCGGCGAGAUCUUCCAGAAGCCGAGCCUUCUCGAACAGCACCAGGCGAUCAAGCACGCUGUUUCGGAGCUGAUCGACGGCGAUUCGGGUAAGAACAUAGUUCAGAUCAUAUUCAACACCGGCUGGCCCGAGAAGGCAAAGAACCCGAUUGUCCACCGGGUCUUGAAGAUCCACAACAGCCAGAAAAUACUAAACAAGUUCGAGGAGUACAGGGAGAGCGUUAAGCUGAGGGCGGCGCGGAAAGGCGCCGUGAGGAGACGCGACGAGCGGUGCAUUGCCGACGGCAACGAGCUGCUGCGGUUUCACUGCGCCACGUUCUUGUGUGACUUGGGGCAAAAGGGUGAUUCCAGCGUCUGCAACCAGCCUUACUGCAGCGUUUGCGGCAUCAUCAGGUCGGGGUUCUCACCCAAGAUGGACGGAAUCCCCACGCUAUCGACCAGCUGGAGGGCACACGUGGCCAUCCCGGAAGAGAUCGAGGAGGAGUUCAGGUUCAUGCACGUGAAGCGCGCAAUGCUGGUGUGCCGGGUCAUCGCCGGGAGGGUCGGGUCGGUCCCUGAGUUCGUGGACAAGGGAGAUCCCGGGUUCGAUUCGGUGGUGGGCAGGGAGCCGGGGUCGCCGACGAGAUUGGACGAAGAGGAUGAGCUCCUGGUUUUCAAUCCGAGGGCUGUGCUUCCCUGCUUCGUGGUGGUCUACACCGUCUGAUUGCCAUCGUGUGGGGUGUGUGUGUGUGGUUGUGGUGGGAUCCAUGCCUGGUUGCAGUAACAGUGCGUUCACUCCUGACCGUAAGAAGAUUCUGAGCCCGUUUAAUGUUAAUCAUUCAUAUAUAUCAGAGUAGUGCAACGUGGCAUCGAUGUGAUUAUAUGGUGGCAAUGUGAAUCACUAAAACACGAGACGAAUGGCGCUAAUUAGGGACUUGGAAGUGUACUUUGGUAAAGAGGGAUUUGGGUUUGGAGUUUAUCAAUCUCUGUCUUCCUAUAAUGUGUUCCACCGUUGAAACACUUUUUAGUUUUAAUUUAAGACGUGACAAUAAAUGAAAACCACAAAGAUUGGGUAAUUUA